AUGGCCUGCUCCUCCCACCUGUCGGUAACCCGCAGCUUCUUCGCUGUCCGAGGGGAGAAGAACUCGCCGGCGAGCCCCCCGACGGUGUGCUGGCCGCGGGGGGACGCCCCCGGCACGGUGAGAGUCGCCUACCAGGGCAUCUCCGGCGCGUACAGCGAGUUCGCGGCGGGGAUGGCGUGCCCCGGCUGCGCCACCGUCGCGUGCCGCACGCUGGGCGACGCGGUCCGUGCCGUGAAGAGGGACGAGGCCGACCGUCUCGUCCUCCCCGUGGAGAGCACGACGGAGGCGUGCGCCGUGAGGAACUACGACCUCCUGCUGCAGAACGACCUCCACAUCGUGCGGGAGAUCCGGCUGUUCGUAGACUACUGCCUACUGGCGAUGCCCGGCGUAAGGAAGAGGGAGCUAAGGAAGGUGAUAAGCCAUCCCAGAGCGCUGGCGCACUGCGGGCAGGCUCUGAACCAGCUGGGGCUCCACCAGGAGGCCGUGGACGACACCGCCGGCGCCGGCCGGAUGCUCCUCUCCGGCGGUAUGCUCGACACGGCGGCCAUCGCGAGCCCGCGCGCCGCCGCGCUCUACGGCCUGGAGGUCCUGGUCCAGGGCCUGCAGGACGAAGCCUGGAACGUGACCAGAUUCCUCGUCCUCUCGAGAUACCCGGAGACUCCCAAGCGAACGGAGGGGGUCAAAACCAGCAUCGCCAUCGCCUACCGCGGCGGCGCACUGGCAGCGCUCAUGAAGGUCCUCUCCGCCUUCUCCCGGCGAGGCAUCAAUCUCACCAAGCUCGAGGUGAACAACCCCUCCCUCGACGGCGGCGAGCCCGUGCUGAUGCUGGACUUGAGCCGGCGAGGGGCCCUGAUGGCCUUCCCCCACGUUCUCUACGUGGACCUGGAGGGAUCCCUCGACGACCCCGAGGUCGAGGAAGCCAUGGCCGAGAUCUCCAGCUUCUCCGUCCUGGUUCGCACGCUUGGCUGCUACCCGGCAGAUCCUAACAUAUACGACCUCUGA